GUCAAACUUUGUUUGUUUACCAAACGCUCGACCACCAAAAAAGAUACCGAUUUCUCCUGAUCAUCACUGCAAUUUGUAUCUCGUUUAAAUUAAGGAAUUUCUUCUGGAAUGGACAUACUCAAGGCAGAGAUUGCAAGAAAACGGAAGCUGCUAGAGGAGAAAAAGCUCGUUGGCGACAAUAAGAAAUAUUUCAAGCGCGGUGAACUGCUAGCCCAAGAAGAGGAGGAAUAUCUGGAAAAAAGCGGCCUUAACAAACCGGACGGCGCAACAAGCAAUGGGUCCGCCAAAAGUGACGGUCAGGCCACGGUUGGGGAUGGGCAAAAGUAUGACUUCAAGAAGCUGCCCCGCUCGGAGGUGAUCCGGAAGCUGCGCGAACGCGGUGAACCCAUCCUGCUGUUCGGCGAAACGGAAGCAGAAUCAUGCCUUCGGCUACAUCAGCUGGAAAUAUCGACGCCGGAGAUUAACCGUGGCUUCCGGAACGAUUUCCAGGAAGCGAUGGAACAGGUGGACGAAGAAUAUCUGAACGAAAUUCUUACCUCCAAUGGGCAGGCGCCGGGCAUGGGGAAAGCGAAAACGUCCGACGAAGACUACGCCAUCGACGAUAGCGUAACGUACGAAUCGAUACAGGAAAUGGCGGUACGGCUCGGGCGCAGCGGGAAGGACCACGACUGCCACGUGAUCAUGACGCUGAUACAGUUCCUGCUCAAGAUGUGGAACGAUCAGCUUAGCUCGGUGACGGUGGCAGAGCGCAUGGCUACCAAGGGGAAGAUAGCGCGGGCCACGUUCGAGCAGACGCGCCUAUACCUGAAGCCGCUGCUGCGCAAGCUAAAGAACAAAACGAUACCGGAAGACAUUCUCGACAGCUUGACGGACAUCACGAAGAGCCUGCUGAAGCGGGAUUACAUUCACGCGAGCGACGCGUACCUGACGAUGGCGAUCGGCAACGCACCGUGGCCGAUCGGUGUGACGAUGGUGGGUAUUCAUGCGCGUACCGGGCGGGAAAAGAUUUUUUCCAAGAACGUGGCCCACGUGAUGAACGACGAGACGCAGCGCAAGUACAUCCAGGGGCUGAAGCGGCUGAUGACAAAGAUGCAGGAAUACUUCCCGACCGAUCCGUCGCGGUGUGUGGAGUACGUGAGCAAAAAGGAUCGACAGGAUUAGGGCGGGGUACC